CCGCCGUGCCAGAUCGCGUAUUAUGGGAUGUGCGGAAUUAACGCAGCCCUAGGCGGACGCGGUGUGGCUUUUAUCGGCGCGAAGAGCAGCGGCGCAGGGGUGCGGGGACAGGAAGCGUCUCGCCAUGGAGCUCUCUGCCGUCGGGGAGAGCGUCUUCGCGGCCGAGUCCAUCAUUAAGCGACGGAUCAGACGGGGUCGUUGGGAAUAUCUGGUGAAAUGGAAAGGCUGGUCUCACAAGUACAGCACAUGGGAACCAGAAGAAAAUAUCCUGGAUGAGCGCCUCUUGGCAGCCUUCGAGGAGAGGGAACGGGAGCGGGAGCUUUUCGGGCCCAAAAAGCGAGGACCCAAACCUGAGACAUUUCUCCUGAAGGCCAAAGACAGGGAGAAAAUGUACGAAUUUGGAGGAGAGUCAGUCCGGCCUAUCCAGGUCUCCUACCCGGUGCCGGAGCCCGUCGCCACGCCGAGGGCCAGGGAGGGUCUGCGGGCCGUGGUGCCCACCAUCUUCCCCCCCAGCGCCGUCAACCGCGGGGAGAGCGUCCACCACCACUUCAUGCAGGAGCAGGAGCGGCUGGCGGAGGACUCGUCCCCGGCCCGCCUCGCCCGGAAGCGAGGACGCAAGCCCAAACUGCGUCUGCUGUACGAGCGGGACGAGGACUACGCGCAACCCGCCGUCAAAACCCGCAGACGCUCGGCGGAAACGUCCGAUCCCAGCCUGGCGCAGCUGACCAGGAGGUUCCGGGAGGAGACCACCAUCACGCCCAAGCCGCAGCUGGACCGCGCAGGCCGGACGCGAUAUUACGUCGCCCGCGCCGAGGAGCUGGGCGUCGUCUGUCCGCCCACGCCCCGCGGCGGCGCGGCGUGGAAGCCGCGCUUCCGCAACCUGGAGACCGUCACCGUCACUGACGUCACCAUGAACCUCCUGACCGUCACCGUCAGGGAGAACUACACCGAUGAAGGCUUCUUCCGCGGGAAAAGAUGAAAGACCCGCAGCCACUUCAUUAGGUACACCACAAGUUCGCACCAAAAUUCAACAUUUUUGCUAAUAAUCUUGCUAACUUUUCAGAUGUUAUAGAACAUGUCCCUAAUAUUUCGUCCCUCUUGUUGAUCUUAAGUAGGAUGGCAAAAUAUUAGCAAGAUCUGCAUGGAAAAUAAUGUAAAAAUAACCUGGCGUGUCCCUAAUAUUUCGUCCCUGUUUUAAACAAGGGAGACCAAAUAUUAGGAACAUCUCCCAGUUGUGUUGUUGCAUUAGCAUUAGCAUUAGCAAAAUCUGGAUCAAAAUGUCAGCAUUUAAAGAAAUAACCAUGCUCAGUUUUGAUUCACUUAGGACGAGUUGUUCUAGAACAGGGGUCGGCAACCCAAAAUGUUGAAAGAGCCAUAUUGGAGCAAAAAUACAAACACAAAUCUGUCUGGAGCCACAAAAAGUUAAAAGCCAUAUUACAUACAGAUAGUGUGUCAUGAGAUAUAAAUUGAAUUAAGAGGACUUAAAGGAAACUAAAUGAGCUCAAAAUAUACCUACAAAUGAGGCAUAAUGAUGCAAAUAUGUACAUUAGCUAGCCUAAAUAGCAUGUUAGCAUCGAUUAGCUUGCAGUCAUGCAGUGACCAAAUAUGUCUGAUUAGCACUCCACACAAGUCAAUAACAUCAACAAAACUCACCUUUGUGCAUUUAUGCACAACGUUAAAAGUUUGGUGGUCAAAAUGAGACAGAAAAAAAAAGUGGCAUAAAAACACGUCCUAGAAAGUCGGAGAAAGUUAUACAUGUAAACAAACUACGGUGAGUUCAAGGACCGCCAAAAUUAGUAGGACAAAACGGUGCUCGCCCAAUACUCGAAUCAGUGAAGCAUGUUUAAUAUAAACAGUGUGAUUUAUAACAAUUAGGGAGGUUUGUGUCAUGUUUGUCCUCCUUCUGAAACCAUAUUCAAACAAACAAAAAAAAAUUUUCCCCUCAUCUUUUUCAAUUUUUCAUACAUUUAUGAAAAAGCUCCAGAGAGCCACUAUGGCGGCGCUAAAGAGCCGCGGGUUGCCGACCCCUGUUCUAGAACAUGCGUUCUGACGUGUCCCUAAUAUUUCGUCCCUGUUUUAAACAAGGGAGACCAAAUAUUAGAAACAUCUCCCAGUUGUAUUGUUGCAUUAGCAUUAGCAAGAUCAGCAUUUAAAGAAAUAACCAUGUUCAGUUUUGAUUGACAUGACUCUCUGAGGAUGAGUUGUUCUAAUCUAGAACAUGCAUCCUGGCGUGUCCCUAAUAUUUCGUCCCUCUUUCAAUUAAGGGACACCAAAUAUUAGUAACAUCUCCCAAUAUAGGCAGUACAGUUGUAUUGUUGCAUUAGCAAGAUCUGCAUCAAAACUUCAGCAUUUAAAGAAAUAACCAUGUUCCGUUUUGAUUCACAUAGGAUGAGUUGUUCUAGAACAUGCAUCCUGGCGUGUCCCUAAUAUUUCAUCCCUGUUUUAAAUAAGGGAGACCAAAUAUUAGUAACAUCUCCCAGUUGUAUUGUUGCAUUAGCAUUAGCAUUAGCAAGAUAUGCAACAAAAAUUCAGCAUUUAAAGAAAUAACCAUGUUCCGUUUUGAUUCACAUAGGAUGAGUUGUUCUAGAACAUGUGUUCUGACGUGUUCCAAAUAUGUCGUCCCUGUUUUAAACAAGGGAGACCAAAUAUUGGAAGCAUCUCCCAGUUGUAUUGUUGCAUUAGCAUUAGCAUUAGCAAGAUAUGCAACAAAAAUUCAGCAUUUAAAGCAAUAACCAUGCUCAGUUUUGAUUCACAUGAGUUGUUCUAGAACAUGCAAUCUGGCGUGUCCCUAAUAUUUCAUCCCUGUUUUAAAUAAGGGACACCAAAUAUUAGAAACAUCUCCCAGUUGUAUUGUUGCAUUAACAUUAGCAUUAGCAAGAUCU